AUGCCAAUGGCAUCAAAGAUCCCGUUUAAAAAUGACGGGAGCUUCCUGGAAUUGUUCAAGCAAAUGCAAGCUGAACAAGAGAGAGUGUCGAUUGAAAAACCCAUAGUUUCUGACGUGGUUAAAGUAGAAAAAGUGGAUGACUUUGACAGUGAAGUUUGCAAAGUUGAGGAUGAAAAAGUUAUUCCCGAUGAUCCUAAGGUUUUGGUGGCCAUCGAAUCAUUAGUUCUUCGUGUUUGUGGCAUGUCUCAUAGUCUCUGUGAAGCAGAAAUCAAGAAGUUUGAGGACAGUAUUCAGUAUUGGUUCUUAACUCUUCCGGAGACCAAUGAAUAUAAAUUUUUCAGAAAAAGAUUGGCUGAAGCUCGCAAGCACAAAAUAUCAUGUCCAAUCAAAUCCGAGCCCACAAGUAAUUGCAAAUCAGAGGGUGAUGAGUCAAACCCUGCCAAGAAACGUCGUUCCAGAUGGGAUGAAAAAGGCAAUGAACCUGAAACAAGCGGAGCUACUAAAAACACUUUAGAUGGCUCACUCGCUUCCGCAAUCACAUUAGCUAAAGCUGCUGCAGCUGCUGCAAAAACUCAAGGGGUAAAUACUUCCAAUCCGAACCAAUUCACUGGUGGCGUUGUGCUUACACCUGAACAGGCUGAACAGAUUCGUUAUCAGAAAGAGCUUCAAGCAAUGCAAGAGUUUAUCUUAGCACAAAAGCGAUCAAAAUCAAAAGAGGAAGAACUUAUGGCUCGUAUCGCUGGUGUAAACUAUGGAAAUAAACCAAGGGUUACUAAGGAUGGCUUAGUCAUCAAAUAUGAAUAUGAUUCCGAUGAAGACUGUGAAGGUGGAACAUGGGAGCACAAAUUAAGAAAUGCGGAAAUGGAAGCGACCCGAGAAUGGGCUCAGAAGCUAACUGAAAUGGGUCAUGGAAAGCAUCACAUUGGUGACUUCCUGCCCCCUGAUGAGUUAGAACGUUUCAUGGAAACUUUCCGUGCUUUAAAAGAAGGUCGUGAACCAGAUUAUUCUGAGUACAAACAAUUCAAGUUAACUUGUGAAAAUGUCGGUUUUCAAAUGUUGGAGAAAAUGGGUUGGAAAGAAGGUGAAGGACUUGGUGUUGAUGGUCAGGGUAUCCUUAAUCCAGUUGACAAGGGGAAUGUUCUUGUUGAAGGUGUUGGCUUGGGAAUUGAUCGUCCGUCUAAACUAGUAAAAGAAGAUGACGAAUACGAUGCGUACAGAAAACGUAUGAUGUUAGCAUAUCGAUUUCGCCCAAACCCUUUAAACAAUCCUCGACGGGACUAUUACUAG